GCUUAUUAUUGAAUAUAAAUUAAUUAUUUAUUUAAUAGAGUUUAGUUAAAUAAUGAUGAGGUUCGAUCAAAUUUUGUAUUCGUCAAAAAAUGCAGUUCCUGAUACAGUGUAUUCGACGUUUUCGUACUUUUUAAACACUCGGACCGGCGAUGGCGCCGGCGACGGCACACUCGACAUGGGCAGCCGCUCCUCACUCCACACAGGGCUCCACAUGUCCGAGGACGAGCAUUGGGAGAUGAACUACCACGAGGCCGCCAUCUAUUUGGAGGAAGGCCUCAACAAUGAGAAGUUCGACUCCCACCCGUCCAGCCCUGAGGAGCUACCAGCAUACCUUCGAGUCCACAACCCUUGGUACCAUGGACUGGACUUGCUAGCUUCCCUGGUGUUGAUACUACUAGCGUUUACGGAAGACCCUGCGGUACCAGCAUUUGAGUUACCAGUAUGGGCCCACGGCACGAUAGAACUGUUGGCACUGAUGGUGAUUGGUGUGGAACUUCACCUGAAGCUAAAAUGGAUCGGAUGGAGCACCAUCCUGAAACAUAAGAGGACCAUGAUUAAGGGUGUAACUCUUCUAAUAAUGGUGCUAGAAGCAGUAGUAGUACUCUGCAGACAAUCUUCUCACUUCCGAGUGACGAGAGCGCUUCGUCCCAUCUUUCUAGUUGACACGAGACAUUGUGGAGGCGUUCGAAGGUUUAUAAGACAGAUCUUACAGAGCUUGCCGCCUAUUUUAGAUAUGUUAGGGCUCCUAAUGUUCUUCGUAGCUACGUACUCACUUCUGGGCUACUACCUGUUCUCGGAACAUCUUGACAACGGUCACUUUUCGACCAUCAGUGAUUCCUUCGUCAGUAUGUUUGUGUUGCUCACCACCGCCAAUUUCCCGGACGUGAUGAUGCCGUCCUACGCCAAGUCCAAGUGGUACGCGGUGUUCUUCAUCCUUUACAUCAUCACAGUGCUCUACGUGCUUAUGAAUUUGAUGUUAGCCGUAGUCUACGAAACCUUCACCCGCAUAGAGCGCGAGAAAUGUCGCGCGUUGUUACUGCACCGUCGCCGCGCCGCGCGACACGCCUUCAGAUUGCUUGUGUCGCGCCGCGCCCCCGACGCAGUGAGGUUGCGACACUUCGCUGGACUUAUGAGACAUUACGCACCACACUACAGUGGGCUGGAUGUGUACCUAAUGUUUAAGCAACUCAAUCAGUCUGGUACGGGCGGGCUGUCCCGCUCAGAGUUUGCGAAUCUGUAUGAGGUAUUCGCGUUGCGGUGGGCACCGCAGACUGCACGUGCACCGUGGUACGCGGAAUCUUGGCUAGAACCGUGCGCACGCGCUGCUAGCCAACUCGUCCACAAGCCUUACUUUGAAUACAUCAUCUACGCGCUAAUAGUAGGCAACGGCGUGGCGAUGGUACUACGGGUGUUGGAGGCCGGGGCGGGCACCGACCCCAACUUGCCAGGGUUACAACACAGCGCGAGGUUACUGUGCGCCUCCUGGGAUACAUGGCUUUUCCUUUCACUAUUCCUGAUAGAAGCAGCCCUCCGUAUGAUGGCGUCAGGCGUGGCAGCGUACCUGGAGAGCGGGUGGAACGUUUUUGACCUCAGUGUGACCCUGCUAGCACUUAUGGGGGCAGUCAUGCUUACUAUAGCGCCUAAACUGUAUAUCGUCGUCAUAUUCAGACCUCUAAGGUUAAUGCGUCUCUACAAGCUAAAGAAGCGUUACCGCGACGUAUUCGGCACACUAGUGCUACUGACCCCACUGAUGUCGUCAGCCGGCUGCGUCAUGCUAGUCAUGUACUACUUCUUCGCUAUCGUGGGCAUGGAGCUCUUCGCGGGGCUGGACCUUAGGAACUGCUGCGUAAAUACAACAGUAGAAGACUUCUACAAAUACUCAGAGAACAGCUCAACCGCUCUCGGAUACUACUAUCUGAACAACUUUGAGAACUUGAUCACGAGCGGUGUAUCACUUUUCGAGCUGACAGUUGUCAAUAACUGGUUUAUACUUAUGAACGCUUAUGCUACUGUCGCGGGGCAGUUUAGCAGGAUUUACUUUAUGGUGUUCUACCUGUUCACGAUGGUGGUGCUGACUAUUGUGGUGGCCAGCGUGCUGGAGGCCUUCCGCUUCCGUAUUCAGUACAAGCGCUCCACUACUAAGAGAGAUGAGGAGAAGUUACUGCACGAGGAGGUGCACACGAGCUGGGAGGAAGCCACGAGACUCGGCGCCGGUGGGGAGUUAGCUGAUGAGCUGCGGCCCUUCCUGCCUGCAGGGAGUGAAGUUACAUUCAUUGGUUCUCGACCGCGUACGAAAGAGGUUCUCCAGCGGCGUAUGUACCACCAGGACAUUCAAAAAUGGCUGGCAGACGAGGAUGACAACGAAGGUAUCCCGCCCUCAACAACUCUAACCUCGAACGACCCGCUGGCCCCGCCUCUCAUCCAGCAACCGGAAGCGGACACCAACCACCAGCUCCGCCCCGGCUACCAGUUGUAGACCCUGCCACACGCGCUCUACUGCAGGUUGCAGGGUGUGGUGUGCGCCUUAUGAUCCGGCGUCGUGAGCUGGCUGAAUGCCACUUUCCGAUGCCAUUCGUGAGAAAAAAAGUAUUGUCUAUGAUUUUAAGGGAUGUUGCAGACACUAAACACAGUUCGGGAUGCUUAUACAACAUUUUGAGGAGUCUGGGUAAGCAUAUAAAUAAUUUUGAAUAUUUCUGAUCUGAAUGGUAAUAGAGCCCGUAUAAGCUGUCUGGAUUGCAAAAUCUGUGCGAAAUUUGCUUGGUGAAAUAAUGUUUGUAGAAAUAUGAGUAAUUCCCGAAAAGUUUGUGCAUUUGGAUCACGUCUCCGAUUUUGAUAAAAAUUCGUAGGCUGAUAGAAUCCAAGAUGCUGAGCAAGAUCCACUAGAUGUCCCAAAAUUUCCCAGGUAAUUUGUAUGAAACCCUCCUUUUUUGUUACUAGAUUUCUUUAUAUUUUCGGUACCAAAAAAAGAAAGUUGCUCAUGGUCUCUAUCAGCCUGCGAAUUUUUAUCAAAAUCGGAGACAUGAUCCAAAUGUACAAACUUUUCGGGAAUUGCUGAUAUAUACCAUUGUCGUCCUUAUAAUAUUACAUACAAUAGGCAUAUUGAUAAAUACCUAUUAUGUUUCUUACUAUACCACAUAAUUUAAAUUUUAUGUAACUACUGUAAAAAUAAUUAACAUCAGCCCAUCCCCGUCAAAUAAUAUAAGUUUCGAAAGACGGCAUAAAUGACUUGAUAUAAAUGUGUACUAGUGAGUUUGACUAUAAAAUAAUCGAAUCAUUAAUUUAUUUUAACAUAAAGGAUGAAUGAAUGUAUAAUAAUGAAAUAAUAAUAACAAAAUAUGUGUAACAUCUGUGAUAGAAAGGAUUCAAAGCGAGAUUUUUAUUUUUCGUUGUAUUUUGAGGUUGUUUAUUUUAUUAUACUUUUAUUUAAUUUAGACUUGAGCCAGUAGGAACAAAAUGAGAUUUUAUAUUGGGUUGUGUCAAACCUUUGUGUACAUUAAGAGGGCUUUCAAUGUGAAAAAUAAUGAAAUCGCAAGCGAGCGUUUAAUCAUACCGUGUGUGAUAUCACACACGAACGUGUGUAGUCACCAGUAAUAAAAAGUAACAAAAAACACUAAAUUUUGACACCUCACAAAGAUUUUUAUUUUAUAACCUAUAAAUUAACUAACUUUUAGGUUAUAAUAUAAUUUCUUAUACCGGUACUGUAUUUGACACAACCCACACUUUAUUUGGUUGUUAAUUUACCAAAGUUUGAUUUAUAAGUUAUAAGAGAAACUAUUUUAAAAGGCAGCUGAUUCUAUUAGAGAAUUAGAUAAAAAUAUAUAGUGAUUAUUAGAGAUUGCCUUCAUAGCUAUAGUAUUAAAAUGACUUAAUACUGACUUUAGGUAGACUAAUCAUGUUCGUACACGCGCUGAAAAUAUUAGCUAAUAAUAUUAAAAACUUGAAAUGAAUUUACUGAAUAAAAAUACAAUAACAUUGAUGUUUACUAAUGAAUGUUGCAACAGUUAUGGCAGCAAAAACCUUUCUCAUAUUUUGUUUUACUAUGAGACUCGUAUAAUUAUAAAUUGCAUAAUACUUUUUUUAUAAUUUAGUUCUAAGAAAUGUACACUCUGGCAUUAUUAUUGUAAAUAUAAGCCUUAUCCAAUGACCAUAAAUUGAAUAAUUUUAUUUAUUUGAUAGAUGGUAGAUAGUCAUUCUCGUGAUAAGUGUGGACCAUAUAGAGUGUUAUAGAUAUUUUACGAUUUAAGUUUUAUUUGUUUGACCGGACGAUAUGUUUAUUAUUAUUGUGCUAAAAUAUUAUAGUUCUAUUCAGUAUUAUAUGUGUUAAUCAUGUAAGUUAAUGUCAGAACUGCAACUUGUUUAACUCAACGAUAUUAUUUGGAAUUUUUCGAAAUAUAAUGUUGACUAAAAGUAAGUAUUGAUUCUGUUUGAAAACCUACAUUACCAACGUGUAUGUCACUAAAUAAAAAUAUGCAGAAAUCUCUGGACCUCUCGUUUAAACUCUUCAUAUUUAAAUGCUAAAAAGUUCUAAAAACGACUUGAAAUGUAUACAGGGUUAUUUUUAAACUAUAUUCUACUUAUACUUCGGAUUGGUUUUCUCUGUCCAAAUGUCCAUUUUGUACACUUUGUAAAAGCUUUCAUAAACCAAAGUCGUUACUAACUCAGCCAUUAAAGCCAUUACUAGCUAAAUAAAUUAAUAAGUAUUGUUUAUAAUGUAGGUAGGUAUUCGUAAGCGGAAGGCCUUACUUAGAGAAAUCAUUUGUCCGUCUCACCUCCAUGCUGAAAAAGGAUGAAUGAUUUAAGCCGGCUAUAAAAAUGCC